AUGAGUAAAUCACAGAUUCAACAACAACAGGUGAUACCUGUUAAAUGUGUUAUGAUUGGUCCAUCUUUUGCUGGAAAGACAAGUUUAGUUGUAAGAUUAGUUAGAAAUACGUUUGAAAAUGAACAGGCUGCAACUGUUGGAGGUAUGAUUGAAUUGAAUUGGAUUGAUGAUUUGGUUAAUCAUACAUACAUUCUAACUAAAUCUAUCUUUUAUAAUAAUAAUAAUAAUAUAGCAAUGUUUUUAAAUAAAUUCUUUUAUUUCGAGAAAUAUGUACUUAAAUUUGAACUGUGGGAUACAGCAGGACAAGAGAAAUUCCAUUCUUUGGCGCCAAUGUAUUUCCGUGGUGCUAAAAUUGCAAUCGUUGUUUUCGAUAUAUCCACAGCAGAAUCAUUUAAUAAAGCGAAAUCAUGGACAAGAGAAUUUAAAUCACAUUCAACAGAGCCUGCUAUCAUGGUGUUGGUAGGAAAUAAAUGUGAUUUAGAGAGAGCUAUCACCAUGUCUGAGGCGGAGCGAUAUGCCCAAGAAGAAGGAAUGAUCUAUUUCGAAGCAUCUGCAAAACAUAAUACAAACGUAACCGAUAUAUUUCAAAUUUUAGAUGAUAUGAGAUCAGAUCAGAUCAAUUUGGUUGAUAGAUUUGCUCUAUCUAUCUUUAAUAUUCAUAAAACAACUUCAACAACAACAACAACAACAACAACAACAAAAUCAAACCAACAGAAUAUAAUAGCAUAA